AUGGUGGAGAAUGGUCAAGAGGUUUCGUUGCCUACGACCAAUUCUAUUGUGAAUAUUGCAGAUAUUACGAAGGUGACCCCUAACGGUCGUGUUUUCGGUCCCGUUUUCUUGAAAGAGGUGAUAGAGGAUGUUUCAGUUGGUAAGAAGGUUGAUAUACCUACAAUAAGCCCAUUUAGUGCUCCAAUGUGUCAGUAUGGUGAAUCCAACAAAUUGAAGUCUAAUGAUGAUGACGAGGUGGCGAAUCAAUUGACACGCUUGUGCAAUUUUCUAGGGGCACCGGCUCGACAGAUGGCACAAGCGGUUAGGCAAGUUGUUCCUGUGCAAAUGGAGAUAGGGGCAGCGGAAGAUGAGAGAGUCCACGAAGGAAAAAUCAUUAGACCCCUUCAAAAUCAAGGCGUCGAAUCAGGAGUCGCGGGACGUAACCAGAUGGUGAUGGUUAACCGACACCAGGAUGCUGAUCAAAUUGUUGAUCAACAUCGACAAGAAGACUUAGCAGUGGAGAAUAAUUUGAUAACUAUUGUCGAAAGGAUUAUGGCCAGAAAUGGUAUGGGUGCUACACUGCAAAGGCCAUUGUACGCCUCCCCGUUAGCUGAGUUUAUUCUCCAAGCCGAGGUGCCCAGGGGGAUGAAAGUGCCUAAGUACACUAAAUUUGGGGAAGAGUCUGGUGAAUCGACAAUAGAGCAUGUUGCCAGAUACUUAACAGAAUCCUUAAAGGCUAGGUGUUUUACGCAAGUGCCAGAACAUGAACUGGUUCAAAUGGCCGCGGGGGGUUUAGAUUAUUCCAUUAGAAAGAAAAUAGAUCCAAAUUUUGUGAAAAGUAUGUCACAAUUGGUUGAUAGAGCUCGACAUCUAGAACGGCUAAGGGUAGAAAAAGUUAGACACAAUAAGUCUAAGAAAGAAAAGGUAGCGUUUGUCGAAUACGACGCAACAGACCCAAUAUGUGAGGCUGAUUAUGCUUCAUCGGCCGAAUUAGAAAUCAACGUGGUUGAACUAAAGCCAGGAUCCGCCUAUGAGUGUUGA